AUGAAUGUUGCCAUCCUUCUGUCGCUGGCUUCAUUGGCAUCCCAAGCUUUUGCGGCCGCCUCACCAGAUGCAGUCGCUGUUUGUCAGCAUCUGCACACCACAUACCCUGAUAUUGUCGUCUGGGAUCCUCUGUCCAGCUAUGGGGCAGAGACUAUACUGCACGCCCAAGACUACAGCCAUGCUAUCCACCAUUAUUGGAACGGAGUCAACGCCAAGAACCGUCCUAUCUGUGUUUUCUUCCCGUCCAAUGCGGAAGAGGUCUCUUUCGCCGUGCAGCAAUUGAACAAAUACCCUACCGCCCAGUUUGCGCUCAAAUCCGGCGGCCAUAACUUCAACACAGGGGUCUCGAGCACAGAUGGUGGUGUCCUCAUCUCUUUCAACGAGAACCUGUCCUCUAUCAACCGUACUAGCGAUGGGAACUUUGAUGUCGGCCCCGGAGCACGCUGGGGAGAUGUCUAUGAGGUGGCAGAACAGACCAACCAGGUGGUCGUUGGAGGGCGACUGGCCAAUAUCGGUGUUGCAGGGUUUACUCUAGGCGGUGGUCUAUCCUACUACUCGGCACAAUAUGGAUUGGCUUGCGACAAUGUGUUGAAUUUCGAGCUAGUCCUCGGGAAUGGCACCAUCGUCAACGCGAACAACCACACGCAUACUGACCUCUGGUGGGCACUGAAGGGAGGCGGCAAUCGCUUCGGCAUUGUGACGAAGUUCACGUUCAGAGGUCACCCGCUUGGAGUCGACGGACAGGUCUGGGGCGGCAUCAAGUUCUACUCCGGUGAUAAGCGGCAUGAACUCUUCAAGGCGUUGGCGAAUUUCAUCAAGGACUAUCCUGAUGGAAAAGCGGCGGUGAUACCCACAUUUACCUUCGGCCUCCCAGAUGCAAUCGUCUCGAACCCGGCUCUCUUCUUCUUCUACGAUGGUCCGACCCCUCCUCCUGGCACAUUUUCAGGACUCGAAGAUGUCGAGCCCAUCCUGGAUACGACUGAUACCACAACCUAUACGAACUUGGCCAACCAAGCGGGCGGAGCGAAGAUCUACGGCAUCAAUGCGGCCGCCCACGUCAACACCUUUCCGAACAUGUCUCCCAACCAGAUGGAUGAGCUGCUUGAACUGCACUGGGAAACAUACCAGUCGCAGAUCAAGAACGACUCGGCGAGGAGUAUAGACAUCCAAUUUGGGACCUUCACCCCGCAGCCCUUAUCUGUGCGUAUUGCAAAAGCGUCCGCUGCAAGUGGAGGGAACGCCCUGGGACUCGAUCCUGAGAAUGGGGAUCGGUUUUGGGUUGAAAAUGAUCUCAUUUGGGUUAAUCCGAUUUGCAAUGAGGCUUGCCCGCAGUAUCUCCGUGAAGUGGCCGAAGGAGUGCGAUCCAAAUUCGAUGCCCAGUUUAGCAGCGUGAAGCCGACAAAUUAUCACUCGGGCGACGUGGAGUAUAUUUCAGGCAACCCUCUGUUCAUGAACGACGCAGGAGACUAUCAGGACGUCUAUUCGAGCUAUGGCACGGCGAAUAAGGAGAAGCUGGAGCAGAUUGCCAAAGCAUACGAUCCUGACCGAUUCAUGUUCCGCCAAGGAGGAUGGAACUUCUGA